CGUGGCGGUUCACGUCAUGUGACGCUGCUGACUCACGCCAACAAACAAAUAUUUCCUAAACAACCACGUGGCCAAAAAAUCGCUAAAAAUAUUGAACGAACCUCGCCACCAAAAUCUCUUCUCAACUUAAACUUUCUACCCAAUUAAUCUGCAAACACAUUCCAUAACUUAUCGCAUAUAUCGCGUUUCCUUAUAUAUCAAUUUUUUUUUUAACGAUUUUCCUUAUUCUAGGGUUUCACAUUCAUCCAAUUUCGAAUCCCAAUCCGCGAGUCUAUUUUCCUAGUUCUUGCUGCACUUUUAUUGUAAAUUCAAAAGCUGCAUCAUCCUGUUUUUCUCACCGUCCGAAUUUAAUUAGGGUUAGGUAUCCUCAAUUUUUUUUGUCUGUUGUUAAUAAUGCCGCCAUUUUUGUCGACCUCGAAGGCGCUUCGCUCCUUAGCGACACGCAAAAGUGGAUUGAGUCAAUUGAUGAGGUCUAGCAAGAGCAUUGAGAAACUCGAUGGAUGUCGAUGCUUUUCAACAAUUGCUUCCAGGAACACCCAUCAGAUUCAACCCUUUGGCUCUCGCAUUGGGUUUUCCCCGUUUAUGGGAAAUUUGUGUAAUAACAUCAAUCAUGUUUUCCAAUCGAGGCAGUUUAUUGGUGUUGGAGAUGGUGUAGAAGGUAUUCUGUCCAAAACUUACGAGGAGAGACGCGUUUUGGGGUACUCUCCGGAGCAAUUAUUUGAUGUUGUUUCGGCUGUGGAUUUUUAUCAUGGUUUUGUCCCAUGGUGUCAAAGGUCUGAGAUAGUUAAACGUCAUCCAGAUGGAUCAUUUGAUGCUGAGUUGGAGAUUGGAUUCAAGUUUCUCGUUGAAAGUUAUGUUUCUCAUGUUGAAUUGGACAGACCAAAGCGAAUAAAGACAACAGUGUCAAAGAGUACCCUGUUUGACCAUUUGAUAAACGUAUGGGAGUUUAGUCCUGGUCCUGUUCCAGGAACUUGCAGUCUCUAUUUUUUGGUGGACUUUAAGUUUCAGUCUCCACUGUACACACAGAUUGCAUCAAUGUUCUUUAAGGAGGUGGCCUCUAGGAUGGUUGGUUCAUUCACUGAGCGCUGCCGCAUAGUAUAUGGACCGGAAGUGCGGGUCAUGGAAAACUCCCAUGGACAUAGGACAUAAUUUUUUUUUCUCUGCAAUUAGUUUCUUGCCUUGAACAUAGUUAAGGUCAAUUCACAGUUUCUGCAUUAAUUGGAGGGGAUUUUUUUUUUAUGGUUUGCCCGCUUAAUACUGAAUGAUUAAUCAUUUCUCCUUUCCAUUCCCUAGUGAUCUUUGUAAUUUAGAUGGAUUCUACAAUAGUACUGUGUACAAUCUUGAAAGACAUCAAGUUAACAUUUUUAUUAACAUUUUUGUUAAUAUUAGUUCAUGGAUAUAAAAGUGGAGUUUUUAUUGGGA